UUUUCCAGGGCCAUUCAUCUUCCCCGUCCGUUGUAAUCCGUACGAGAUUUGUAAUAAUCUUAAGGUAGUAGUCAUAUCCGUGCACGAUGGCGGGUAUGGACAGAUUCGGUUUUGACGCUCACACCAGAAACGGGAGUAGUUCCGAGACUCCAUUUCUGAACGUUUCGGCUAGAUUGGGUGGCUCUGUUGGGCAGACUACUCCGAUCAACGUUCCUUUUGGAUCGAGUGCGGCCGUGGGGUCCACUCCGAUCACCACCUUCAUGGGAUCGAGCGCGACUAUGGGGUCCGCUCUGGUCACCUUGGUUAUUAGACCAACCGCGGCUAUGGCCGCAAUGGUCACCCCACUCAGACCGAAUAUGGCUUCGGCCAUACCGGUCAUUCCCUCACUUGAACCGAACACGGGUGUCUUCACAUCCGCACCGCAAAGGAUGUUAUUUUGGCUGACCACCCUCAACCUUGCGAGGUACUUGAGGGAGGAUCCCCUUGUUGUGGGGAAGAACGUGGACGAGGCAAUAGUUCAGGCUAAAGAGGCAUGGAUAACGGAUAACUAUACGUGCCUUAACCUUAUCCUGAAUUUCUUGAGCGAUGCCUUAUAUGCUGUUUAUAGUAGGGCUGCAUCCGCAAAGGAGUUAUGGACUACACUGUCUAACAAAUGCCAGGCCGAGGGUGCCGAUGCGAAGAAAUUCGUUGUCGGUAAGGUUUUGGAUUUUAAGAUGGUAGAUUCCAAACCCGUGGUCAGUCAAGCUAAAGAAUUGAUCCUCAUUUUUAAUGAGUGCACUCACGAGGGAAUGGGAGUCAGUGAGGCAUUCCAAGUGGUGGCGAUUAUUCAUGUGCUCCCGCAGGCUUGGGAUGAGUUCCAGAGCUAUCUCAAGCUCAAACGGAAAGAGAUGACUUUAGAACAGUUGCUUGUUUAUCUCUGGAUCCGUGAAGAGGGUCUCACUCGCAAGAAGAAAGUAGCUAUUGCUAAGGCCAAUAUGGUGGAGCAUCCACCCAAAGAGGGUUCUUCCAAAGGGCCCAAGCCAAAUAAGGACAAGAAGAAAAUUGGUCCUAAAGGAGGUGUCGCGAAGACUAAGUUCGCGGGGAAAUGCUACCGUUCUUCAGAGUGCCGCAAGAAGCCUUAGAAGAAGAAGCAGAUAAAGGAAGAAGCUCUCUGCUCGGAGCUAGAUGCUAUGGACCUUUGUGCUGUCGUGACAGAGCACUUAAUGGUUCAGACUGUUUGUUUCAGCCUCUUAAUGGUUCAGAUGUCUGAAUGGUUAAGAGAUUUGCCUCUGAAUGGUUAAGUAUUAUACAGAGUCUGAAUGGUUAAGACCUCUUAUCUGAAUUGAUCAGACAUUUGCCUCUGAAUAGUUAAGCAAUAUACUAGCUCUUAAUGGUUCAGACCUCUUACUGGUUCAGCACUUAAUAAUUCAGACCUCUUACU